CAUGAAAGUGACGAGAGCAGCCGAAUCAAAACUUUUUUUAACAAUCAUUUCCUUAUUUUGAGUUCCACAGCUUCAUCUUCUCUCUUGUAAAUUUGACACAAAGCCAAAUCCCAACCGAGUCAGAUCCCAUUCACUUCCAAAGCUUUACUCAGACUCAGACAGCAUCAGCACAAUGCAGACCCACGCGCCUGCCACGUGCAUCACCUUCGGUGCCUCCCUCCAUUCUCUUUCCUCCUCUACAUCUUCUUCUUCUUAUUCUUCUACCAUCACUUGUCAUUUCUGACACCUUAAUUUUAUGAGCAUGAUGGAUUGGUGGCACAAGCUGAGAAGAUCUUGUAGCCUUGUUCCUCGUCUGUUCAAACUUCGCAAAUCGGUUGGUGGGUUCUCCUGAAAAUCGUAACUUUUUCUACUUUCUUCCUCGUUCUUGAACUUUUCUUUCUUUCUUUCUUCUUCUUCUCUUUUAGUAGUUUUAAGUGGUGAUUGAUUGAAGAGAGGAUUUGUUGGAGGACACUGUUGUGGUAGGUUUGAUGGGAUGGAUAGAUGCUCUGUUUUUGACGUGGCAGUUAACAGUGGAGGCGGCGGCGGCGGUGGAGGAGGAGGCAGCGACGGAGCUGGAGGGUUGCUGAAGCUUAGAGAUGAUGUGGAAAUGUGUGGGUACAGAGAUGUGGAGGUGAUGUGGAACAUGUUGAACAUAAAGCAGAUGCAGAAGAUGGAAGUGGAAGGAAGAGGAAGGGUGAGAGUGAAGGUGAAGGUGAAGCUGAAGGUCAAGAAUGGCAAGGGUAGCAGCAAGCAGAGACCUGUUUGGAGGCUUUUAUUUUGGACUAAUCAUAGCCCGUAACUUGAUCAUGAUGAUCAAUUACGUUGAUCGGGAGCAGCGUUCAGAGUUGACAGUUGAUGAUGAGUAAAUAAUGAGUGAUACAGAGGAAUGUGACUGUU